AUGAAUCCUUCUAGAUUACCCAGAACUCCUGUCCUCCCACCCAUAAUUAGUAGCAGUGACAAAACUUUUCUAGUCAGCCUUCAGUCUUAUAUAGACUAUGAAACAAAGAAGCUGGAAUCCUCGGGUCAAUUGGAUGCUGAGCAACAGUGCACCAUCUAUGGGAAUGUGUUUGAUAAGGUAAUUGAUUAUUGUUCUGAUUACAAAACUAUCCUCACUGCUAUCAAACGUGAGUACGAUGAGUUUAUUGCUAGAAUCAAGCAAGGGCAAAGAGAAGCUGCACAUCGUCAAAGAAACCUGAAGGUCUUGGCAUGUGAGCCAACAACACUCAUGUACUACAUGAAAAGAGCGUCAGAACUAACAGACAGGAUUGAGAUUAUUAAAAAUGAUUCUCAAAGAAUUGCGAAUGAAUUACAAAAGAUUCAAGAAAAAAGGAGACCAAAAACCCUACAGUUAGAAAAAGUCCCACCGAAAGCAAAGAUAAAGCCGUCUACACUAAUCCCAGGCAUGACAGUAGAAGAGUCCCUGAGCAUGGAUUCUCUUAUUAAAUAUCAGCAACAUCUAGAAGCCAGAGUUCGAGAGCUGAGGGAUGACAUUAAAUACAAAUAUGUUCCCAUGGAGAAGAAGCAUGAACUGGAUGAAAAACUGAAGCUAUCUCUAUACGAGCGAGAAGAAGCAGAAGCAAUAAAUAAGAAGAUGCUGAUCAGCUACAGAAGAAGACGGGUCAUUGCAGAUACUAUUUCAUCUUGGGCAAAAUCAAAUAAGAGUACAUCACUGAACCAGACGUUAACUCACGUUAUAGCAAAGGAAAAUGAAAUAAAAGAUGACAUUGUCCUUCCAAAUGUGUUUGAUGACUUUGAUCCAAGAAAAAUCACAGAAGCUGAAUCUUUACUAGAAUAUGUUGAAAGGUUUAAUGAGUUAUUUGUAAGCGGUGACUACAAGGCUGCAGCGAUUUUUGCAGCAAACAGUCCUAGGGGAAUUCUCCGAAAUUUGGACACUAUGGAAAGAUUCAGAGCUGUCAGAACUAAUAAGGAACUUUAUUCACCUCUGAUGUUAUUUUUUGAGGCUGUUAUUGGCUCCAGUGUUAUUAAAAAGUAUACAGUUAAUGCAGCUCUAACUCUGGAAGGCAUUAAGUGUGCUUUAUCGUGCAACAGAUUAGAUGAUGUUAUUCAUUGGGUUAAUCAACAAAGGUUAACAUUUUCUGAGGCGCUCGGUGAUGUAAUUUCAGAUUAUGGAGAGAAAAAGCCAUACCACAGGGUGACGUGUUUGGCAUUAGCCCAGUUGAUCUACAGAAAGUGUUCUAGUUUCAGAAAAGCUGCACUCUCUAUGUGUUUACAAGGCCAAGUGCAAGGUGCACUCAACUACACCUAUGAAUGCAAACAAUUUUUAUUGGAUGAUUACUUGUUCUUACUGAAACAUUGUGCUACUCCUGAGCUGAUUCAUGGUUUGACCAAAGAGUGGAAUGGGAAACCAGCUGCCCUGUCUGUGGGACAAGCUGUGCUUUCAUUGCUUUGUACUGAUCACAAAGAUUAUGGAUUUCAACUGUUGGAGAGCGUUCACCGUUGCGGGGACAGUGCCUUGGAACAAGUAAUCCUUAACGAUGUUGUGUGUACACCAGAAGGAUGGGUAGAAAUAGCUGAUGAGUGUUUGAGCAAUAACUAUAGAACGUUGUCUGAGAAGAUAAUAUCCAUUGUGACAUCUCAGGAUGGGGUGGUUGAGAUUUCAUCUAAGGAUGAAGAUGCAAAAAUAAUGGAGCACAUCUUUAUGUAGUACCCACUUCCUGCCAGCAGAUGGGGCGUCCGUUCCAACAAUCCAGAUUACAACCGAGUAAACAGCACCCAUGGAACCAUAUUUUCUUAGCUAUUCUAAUCUUUAAGAAUUGUGGUUUCAAUAAAAAAAAAAACUGAAUCAGAAAAAAUAUAUAGCAGCAAACGCUAGUUAAACCCACAAACAAACAAACAAAAAACAGACGUGUUGCAUGAUUUUCAAUAUGGCAGCUAAUUGAUUCAAUAUGUCUGCCUAUGCCUGAUAUGUUUAAAGGAACAGUCUAGUCCAAAAUAAACUUUCAUGAUUCAGAUAGGGCAUGUAAUUUUAAACAAUUUUUCAGUUUACUUUUAUAACCAAUUUUGCUUUGUUCUCUUGGUAUUCUUAGUUGAAAGCUUAACCUAGGAGGUUCAUAUGCAAAUUUCUUAGACCUUGAA